AUGCAGAGAAACAAUAAGACUGUCACCACAGAUUUUAUUCUUCUUGGUCUUUGGCCUGAGCUCAGUCACCUUGUGAUUCUUAUCUGCCUCAUUCUUCUGGUCUACUUUAUAGCUGUCAUGGGCAAUGCUUUUCUCAUUUUCCUCAUCUGGUUGGAUACACGACUACAUUCUCCCAUGUACUUCCUACUCAGUCAGCUCUCUCUCAUUGACUUGGCCUUGAUCUCAACUACUGUCCCCAAAAUGGUUGCAAACUUCUUCUCAGGGAAGAGAUCAAUAUCACAAGUUGGUUGUGGAACCCAGAUUUUCUUCAGUUUAACCCUUGGGAUUGCUGAAUGCCUUCUGCUUACACUCAUGUCCUAUGACCGAUACAUUGCUAUCUGUAACCCAUUGCGUUAUUCAGUCAUCAUAAGCCAUAACACCUGUAAAAAGAUGGUCAUUGUAUCAUGGGCAGGAGGGGCAGUCACUUCCCUGAGUCACACAGCUUAUGCUAUGCAUUUCCCAAUUUGCCAUCCCCGAGAGAUCCCACACUUUUUAUGUGAGGUUAUGGCCCUCCUGAAACUCACCUGUGAAGACAUUUCAACCUAUAUGAAGUCAGUGGUUGUCUCAAGUUUUCUGGUGGUCCUCAUUCCUCUGGGUCUUAUCCUGACCUCCUACAUUUUCAUCUUCUUUGCUGUCUUCCACAUGAACUCACCUGAAGGCAAAAACAAGGCUUUGGCCACCUGCUCCUCUCACCUCCUUGUGGUCAGUCUCUACUUUGGCCCUGCCAUAUUGGUCUACAUGAGACCUGAUUCCUCUAAGACACCCAAAUUAAACCAGUCUCUAUUUAUGUUUAAUGCUAUCCUUACACCUAUGCUUAACCCCCUCAUCUACAGCUUAAGAAACAAAGAUGUAAUAGCAGCUGUGAAGAAUAUAAUCAUCAGUAGAUGUUCCUUGCAAAAGACUAAAAGUCACCUGAGUUACUACACUUGA